CAUGUCUGCGCAAGCGCAGACGGAUUUAUUUGACAGGGCCGAUCGUCUUACGUGUUAUUUUGCGGUAAGGAGGUUUUACCACUGGACCGUUCACUCAGGCUGCUAUGGCGCUUAGAAGAUGCUGGAGGUUGGCCGCCUUUCUCCCGAGACUUCCCGUGUCGCCGCCGGUGGGACGGCUAACCCUGUCCAGCUUUGUCAGCACUCCCCCGAGCUGCAGACAAGCAGAGGUCCGGCUCCGCGGCUUCAGCUCUGAAGCGCGGAACACGGAUGUGAGCUACGGGCAGCUGAAGCAGCUCCUGGCUGAGGGCAGAGCUGUAGUUGUAGAUGUCCGGGAGCCCUGGGAGCUCAGGGAGUACGGCUUCAUCCCCGGAUCUGUCAACGUCCCGUUGGGACAGGUGAACACCGCCCUUCAGCUGGCUCCAGAGGAGUUCAGAGAAAAGUACGACGGCGAAAUGCCCCGGCGGACGGAUAAUGUGGUGUUCGUGUGUCUGGCCGGGAUCAGAAGCAAGACUGCCCUCAACACAGCCGCCUCGCUGGGAUACAGAGGUGUUCAGCACUAUGCCGGUGGAUGGCAGGACUGGGCGGAGCGUGAACAGCACCAGUGAUCCGCUGGUGCCCUGGAAGGAAAAGUCGUCUCCAGACAUGAGUCCGAUCAAAGGCGAAACAAACCGGUGUCCAAGUUCCGCCACGCCGCUUUCUGCAAGCUUGGUAUUGGUUCUGCUAGUCCCUGGAGCUCUGCUGUAGGGAUUAAACCCAGCUCCUACACACUCCAGCCUAAAGUCUUCCUCAGUUCACCGGGCAGGUUAGACAGGAUCUCGCAAAAGUGCUUUAUUCAUAACUUAGGACUCUCAUGGAAGCAACUGGUUGCACUGGAUUUUAUCUUGAGGCAUCAUGCAUGCCACACUUAUCUGAUUUUUAAAAAUUCAUAAACAAUGUAUUUUAUUCUCUCGUUAUGCUAGUUUUGCCGUGGCCAGUCUAAUAAAAUCCUAAUCAAAUGCAGUGCAUGUGAUAACUUUAGCAAAGGACUGUAGCUGGACCGUGUUAUUCCACCAAUCCUGUGGCAUUUUCAGGCACAUGGCUUCAAAUUCAGUCAGUAAUUAUAUUACUUGCGUUUUAAACGGUGCUUUAGUCAUUAGAACUGGAGAUGAUAAAAUUCUGAAACCACGCUCUGCUUCAGAAAAAGUUUGACAGGGGCUGUAUCUUUUAUUUAUUUUUUUAUCUCACCAGGAGCUCUGAAUCUAUGGAGAGUUACACAUACUUGAAAAUACAAUCAGCAUUUUCAGAUGAAUUUUCUAAUCUCACCAAUGUUAAUCCUCCUCUGCAUCUGGAGUUCAGUCAUGGCCGAUGGCCGCGGACAUGAAAUCAUAACAAGAAAAUGUCUGAUGUCCCGCCAUGUUGAAUCCGCGCGUGGUCACGGCAAAACUAUUCGCUUUUUAUUUUCAUCUAAAGGUUGCGUUACGGUUUGCAGCGACUGCUUGGAUUCCUUAAAGUGCGCGCAGCAGAAGCUGCUCUCUCACCUGCUAACGCCGCGACUUUGUCACUCUAAGGCAGACCGUUGUGAGUUUACGUCUAUGAAGGGACAUUUCAAAGGUCUUGCAAUUUGCUGAAUGAAAAUCCACCUUUUAUCCUCACUGAAACAAGUCUGUCAAGAUAACCAAGGUCAUGCCUUUUUAUGUAAUUCUCUCCUGUCUGUAUAUCUAAGGUUGCUUUAUGUGUGUGUUUGUAGGUCUGAGAGUUUAAAUUUCAGGGUUUGACCUUAAUCCAAAGAGUGAAACCAGAGGGCUCAGUAAUAUAUAUCUGCUGCUGAAUCGUUUUGCUCCGAUGUAAUUCUGCUUGAAGUCACUUGCAGUUUUUUGCACGACAUAUUUUUUUAAGAGCAUCCAGCCAUUUGCCUUGCAAUGCAACUAUAACGAAAGUGCUUUACUUUUCUAAUGAUCUGUGCAAAAGAAUGUGCAAGUGGGUUUUAUUAGUGAUUAAUAAAUGACUGCAUGAAGCUGCCCAUGUCCACUGUGGAUGUGUUGUGCAGCCUUCCCAUUCAGUCUGAACAGGUCUGGGAGUUUCUUUAACCAUUUUCCAGGUCUGGUUAAGUUUUGAAAAUAAGCAAACAAAGUAUUUACCAGACUUUUUUUUCUUGCCAUCUGUUUUCUAGAGUGCAAAAAUCUAUUCAUGCUCAGUACAAUGCAGAUAUUUUUGCUUUGAUUCCUUAUGAACUGAGAUGUUUUGUGUACGAUUUGCCACAUCACACCGUGAUUCUAACAUUUGAGCCAUCAGUGAAUUUUUAUUUUUAUUUUUUUUCCACUUACUGACUGAAUGCACACGUCUUCCUAUGGCAACUUUUUGAGCUUCAGAUAUCGUACUCAGGUUGAACGGGAUCUGAGCUCCUGGAUCUGUUUAAAGUGCCAAACGACACACCAAAACUGCUCUGGUACGAAAACCCGUACAAACCACACGAAGACACCAAAGUUCACCAACUCAUCUUUCAUGGUGAGAACAUCCCCAUUUCCCAUGUGACAGUGUUACAGAGUUGGAGGUCUGGUCUAAGUCCAAGUGCCCAAACAGCUGGGAAAGGACUCCAUCAGCACUCUGAAAACUGGAAUCCAGGUCUAGCAUUUUUUUUGUGUGUGUGUGUGUGUGUUUCAGGAAACUUACAGAUUAGGCUUGUUCAGGUAGUUCAAGGUGAACAUUUGUAGCGAAAAGCCAGAAUGUUAUAAAAACUGGGGGGAAAAGUCUGUAAACGUCUUGAAUUUUAAAGUUUGACAUUGGAAGAACUCUGGUUAUAAAUAUCUAAGUAAACAUGCUCUGUACAUGCAUCCAGAACCUGUGACUUAAUAAAAUUAUAUUAAAGAUCAA